AAUUGGUGGAGAAUGUUGUCGUGCAGUAGAAAGGGGUAGUAGCGUCGCCACCCCCGAACCGCGCGUGGAGCGCAUUUACCGUAUCACAUGGCACUGUUGCGAGUUGGCUGUCUACCUCCCGCCCCUUCCCCAGCAACUCCCAUAAUAAGUGCCACCAUUAGACAGGUAUAGGAGGAGACAGACUAAGACAAACAGAGGGGCGGGUCGGGUGGUGUGGGUUUAGCUAGCCCAAACAAGCACGCCAAGAGUCAGUCGUCCAGCGGCGAUCGUAGCGGAAGAAUCGACCUGGGAUAGGUUCUCGGUGCUUGGCGUUCAAGGUGACGGAGAGCUCAAAGGAAUCGGUUACCCCCGGCUGAAGACCAAUGCCGAACGCCAGUCGAUAUCGAGACGCGCUAUGGAACGUGAGCGACAGCGACAUUUCUUAGUGGCAGCGGUUGAGUUGCAAUCAUCCCUGUGCAGGAGAAGCGGAAGCUAUUGCGAAAGUGGUUGCAUUUCGACGAGACGACCACGGAACAGUAGUGUCGUCUAAACGCAGUUGUUGACCGAGUAGAAGGUGCCUAUUCCGCUGGACGGAGUGCCACCGCGCCGUUUUGCUCCGGGAGCAGCCGUGGAACAAAUUGUGAUUGAUCUUCCAAAGUGUUGUGGGCUGAGCACGUGGCUUGCAAUAACAGUUGAUAUUCUCUGUACCCGAUGACGAAGCUUUAAGUGAUAGUAAUGUUUUAGUGUAAUUUAGUGCAAUUAUAUUUAUUGUGUGCUGUUGAACUUGUUUGACGUCAAACGUCGAUAGUCUGUGAUAAUUAAACAGUUGCAAUUUUCUAGUCAAGAUGACGUGUAAACACGGGUACAUGAUAUCGUACGACAGCGAUGAUGCCAUGGAGAGCUGCGGCUAUCUCCGGUUUACCGACGAAAGCAUGAAGUCCAACUUCCUGCAAAGCUUAAGCACCAUGCGUCGCCAUCGGCUGUUUUGCGAUGUAAUACUGCUGGUCGGCAGCACGGAAAUCCACGCCCACCGCAACGUGCUGGCAUGUGUCUCUCCUCACCUGAUGGAACUGUUCAGCUCGGAUGUCGGAAACCUUAACGUUUCGACUAACGAGGGAAAGAUCCCUUGCUACCGACUGAACGGCCAUAUUACAACCCAGGGGCUCAAGUGUCUGGUUGAGUACGCUUAUACCGGCUCGCUGGAGUUGCCCAACGACAUGAUACGCGAUGUGUAUCUGGCAGCCUGGCAGCUGAAGAUUGACACGGUGGUCAAGGAAUGCGCGCGCUACAUGGUAAAUGAUUUGGAGCCGGAAACGUGCGUCGACACUCGCUCCCUUCCGGGCAUCAACCGUAACAAGUCGUUUGUGCAGGAAGUUGAUGCCUACAUUGCGAAAAACUUUACGGAGAUUGCGCUGCAACCGAGCUUCCUUCAGCUUCCGUGCAUCCUCAUUGAGGUGCUGUACCAGACGAAGCUGGAAAUGUCGUUGGUCACGGAAACGUCGCUGAGCCGGUUGGUAGUCGACUGGAUCCGUCGCCAAAUGACCGAAGAGGGCAAUACGGUCCCGAACCUGAUGGAGCGUUCCCAUAUGUUGUACUUGGCCUUGGACAACUCGCUGCAGGACUGCUCGGAUCUGCCUCCUGGCCAGGAGUCCGAGAGCGAUCUGGUCCAAGAUUACAAGCGUUUGGUCCUGAAGUGUCCCAGCAACAAGAAGCACCGCAAGGGGUUGAAAACCGCCGGAAGGCCGCGGGUCAUUCUCUACAAUAUGGACAUCGGAGAGUGUGACGAAGACACAAGCAAGGACUGCGAGUGGACACUGAUCGCCAGCUCAAAACUGGCCGACCAUACGUUCAUCUCGUUGAUCACCUUGGAUGGUAACCUGACGCGACUUUCCAUCCAGUUGCGUCUGAACGCUCCAACUACGCCUUCGCCGAUCAACACGCCGGACACGAUCAGUUCCAGUGCCAGCAAGGAGGAAGAUUUGGAUGAAUCGAUCAAGCCGGAACUGUUCUGCGAGGUAGCCACCAUGUCCGGUCCCAAGUGCGGUUUGGGCGUUGCCGAGUUGGAAGGCAAACUGUUCGUGUGCGGAGGCUACGAUCGGGCGGAGUGCUUGCGCUCCGUCGAAUCCUACUGUCCGGACACGAACAGCUGGACCCAGGAGAACAACAUGGGCGAGGCCCGAGGACGAGUGCAGAUUGCGGUCAUUGACGGGGCCGUGUAUGCCGUGGGCGGCUGUAAUGGAACAACCGAGCUGGAUACGGUGGAAUGUUUGUCCAAGAUCGACAAGAAGUGGAACAAGGUUUGCCGAUUGCCGCUGGCACGCAGCAGUGCUGGUGUAUGCGCGCUGGAUGGUAACAUCUACUGCGUGGGCGGUUGGAACGGCCAGAGUGGCAUUCGGCAGUGCGAUGUGCUGAAGCCGGAGGAGAACAAGUGGUACUCGAUUGCGCCGCUCAACACCGGCCGCUACCAGGCUGGAGUGGCUUCGUACCGCGGGUCGCUUUGGGUGGCUGGCGGUAGCGAUGCGUGGAACUGUUUGGGAUCAGUGGAACGGUACGACCUGGCCAGCGACCAGUGGACCUAUGCGCCGUCGCUGUUGACGCCGAGACGCGGAUGUGGCUUGGCCGAGUUCAACGGCAAGCUGUACGCCGUCGGAGGUAGCGAUGGGUCGCACUCGCUGAACAGUACCGAGUGUUACGACGAGGUCAACAAGUGUUGGGUCGCGGGACCGAACCUAACCUCUCCGCGGUCCAACGUUUCGGUGGCGGUUGUGCAAAAUCGCCUCUACGCCAUCGGUGGCUUUUCGGGCAAGACCUUCCUGAACACCAUCGAGUACCUGGAUGCCACCUCGAACGAGUGGACCACCUUCGUGCAGCAGAGUAACCCGAACAUUGACAACCUGCUGCAGACGUCGCUGCGCAACGGCAUGCACGGAAGGGCCGGCUCAUCGUCGACGUCGUCUUCGCCGGAUAAUCUGAGCAGCCAAAAUGGCGGCAGCGAGCACACGUUCAAGCCCAUCCAAACGGCCCAGGUUAAUGUUUAUAACCUGUCCAAGAAUGCCUCCUCGAACGACAAGGAGGUGUCGCAGAUUUUAGCAGGAUCUGAGUGCUUAGGUCUGAAGAAGCUUGCUAUCGAUGACGAGGAUAGUGAGGAGGACGAUGGGAAAACCAAUGGUACAAACAAUGCAAACGAUAGCAGUAUUAAACUACAGAAAAUUUUAGCGAAAAACUGUGCGGAGAUUGCGAGCGGAAAUGGACACUCCAGCUAACUAGCGGAGCCAGCGGCGGCAGCGGCAGCGGCGGAAGAGGAUCAGGCCCAGCAGCAGCCGCCAUCUUUGAUCUCAGUCUCGACGAUUGAGUCUGAGCUGGACUGAGCGCACGGUGAGCCCAUAUGAAUUUUUGAUUGUAUGAACAUCAAGUUGCAUAUACGUUAUGUGCUUGUUGAAAGGAGGGUGGGUUUUAAGAACGGAGUUAAUCGCAAGAUUUCGCAAACUUUUUUCAGUGAAGCACAUUAUAAAAUUAUACAAAUAGCAAACUCAAUAUAUUUGAUAUAAGUGAUCUUUUUACUACUGUUAAGAUUGAACAUGAAAUCGUUUACACACUUCUUACUUAUAGUAAUUGUAAUAUGACAUCUAUGAAUAACUGCAACAUCCAGCUUAGCAGAAGAAAUGUAAACUAAUAUGUAACUAUCAUUGUGGUGAAUGUGUUUUAGACGAAAACGUAUUGCUAUAAAAAUGAACCUAUACAUCAGGAACCGAUAUCCAACGGAAUAUUUUUACUCGUCAUUUGAAUGGAUCUGUUGAAUGACUGAAGUUUUCUGAUUUACAAAGUAAUGUUACAUAUAAAAAUGCAAUAUUUCGAGCAAAUCGUGUCAUGAUUCGCCAACAAUAGCUAAAUAUGUGUCAGUAGACGUAGCUGCAACAUGAACGCAUUUUAUUGCACUUUGCAUAAAUUGACAGUUCUCUGACGUUUGGUUACGAAAACGUAAACAUGUUGCACUUAUCGAACGUCUACUGUAGUAGUUUUCUGAAUUAACUCGAGAGCAUACUUUAGCUUCUUCAACAGCUAGAAAUUUUAUUUUGAAACUUUUUCUGAUCUUGCCGAAUUUGCAAGUACAAUUUGUCAUUGAAGUCAAGCUUUUUCCUAUUUAAAUAAUCUAUUGCAACACAUACAGUAGACGCUCGAUCAUUGCAAACUGUUUCAAUGGUAUUUUUAUACGUUAAGUAUGGUAAAUGUAACAAAAAUGCAAUUCGUCCUGCCAUUCGUCAAAAUGGUGCGCCAAGUUAACCCAAACACACAGCUCAUUGUGGACAUCUGUCAGACGUUCAGUAAUCACACUUCAUUUGCCAAUGAAAACAUAAACAUGUUGCAGUUAUCGAAUGUCUACUGCAUGUCACGACAACUCGCCAAUGAAUAAUUCAUGAUCCAAAAGCAAGUUGUACAUUUCAAAACACUCACCAUUACCAUUUUAAGAAUGUAGAUGUAUAAGAACACUCUUUACCGAUAACAUAUUGUCUAUACAUCAUAUUCGAACCCCGAAAAUAAGCAAAACUGCAGAAGGUUCGAUAAAAAACAAAGACAGCGUGAAAGCGUGACCAAGUGUCGGAUUUUAGGGAAUUAACAUAUACUAAAACAAUUCUACAUAUUAAGGAUUGUAUACUGAAAAGUCUAGAAUCUAGAUCUUACGUCAUUUUUUUUUAUUGAACUAACUAAGAGGAACUUACAUUUCCACAAACCAACGAUACUGAAAUCCGUAAAUGGUUUUUGACUGCACUAUCAGCGAGCAUACACUUUGCACUAUCAUGAUUUGUACAGAUAUCUAUACCAAUUACGAAGUAACCCACUAAUCCACCGUAUCCGUUUUUUUAUUGGGAAAUUAAUAUAUAUUGACUCCACGCCGGUUCAAAAUUUUAAAACGUUUUUUUCGAUAUUCACGCCACAUCCCAUAUCCAGGAUUAUUUAGGGUUUUAUCAAGGUUUUAUUAAAGUUUAAACACAAUACUUUGGCUUCGAUAACCGUUUUGAAACCUAAAAUGCUACUGGGUUACGCAUAUACUUUACCAUCGCAGAACCAUUCAGAAGUCUCCUUUUGCCGGAAUGUAGUUGUAAAUCCGCAGCCGAUCUUUUAGAGAAUUUUCUUUAUAAGAAAGCAAAACCAACCAAGCAGCAGCGUGAAAUCAAAUAUCUGCAGAUUUUAAACACCGCUCGCACCUCAACACACUUACUCUAUACUCAUUAAAGCCUACACCUUAGUUAAGCGUAAUCUGAGAAAAACAGAAACCACUCCGAAACACAGACAACAAAUUCAGAUAUAUGCAAACAUCACCCCGCUAGAAUGGUUGCAAUUCCUUAGCGAAGUGCUAUGACCUAGUUUUUAAGCAAAUUUAUUUUGAACACACAAGUUUUCGAUGAUUUCUAAACAUUUUGACUACAUUUAAAAAAAAGCUACUUUUUAACAAACAUAUUGUGAUUCCAGUUUAGUUCUUUUAUUACACUCAUAAGGAAAGGUUUUACACCACCUACCUAUUUUAUAAAACCCGCGUGAAACCGAACACUACACACCCGGGGGGUUCGUUCGAAGGGACGCCUUUGUCCUCAGUCGGCUCGGGGGUGUAUGUUCCGAAAGCUGACCAACAACGUGAGAACACCUUCUCGCACGUGCUGUCAGCUAGGCAGUAGGGUAUCAAUAUAAGUAAAAUAAGCAACAAAAAUAUGUUAACAUUUAAGAAACUACCUACAUGAAGAAGAAAAAACAAACAGAUGAAACAAAUAAUGGUGGGUGCUGAAGAGAAGAAAUAAAAAAGUGAUUGUAAGACAACUCGUCUGAAGUUGUCUGGUUCGUUGAAAUUUAAAAUAAAGUCUAAGAAUGUAA